ACGAACGCUUGCCAGUUCAGCAAUACUCCGCAGCAGUAGUCCUGCCCUCAGACUGACAGCUCACCAUCGAAGCGCCAUCAGUCGUUCCAAUCGCUUCAUUCCACGUCAAUAAUCCUUUCCAACCACCUCCAACAUGUUCUACGUUAUGUACUUGACAGGUCUUUGCCAAAGGCGCCACUGGCCUGACCCACUUUUCCAAACCUACCGAACACGCUACGGAUACGGAUCAACAGUCAGAGUAAACAACCGAGAGUACUCCACGGAUGUUGAAUACGAAAGCGAAGAGCUAGCCAAGAAUGCCGCCGCCACCCGAGCCUACAUGAUCUGCCGCAACUUCUCGGUAAACGAUGGAAUGUACCCAGGACAGCGGCCCGGCCAGGGCGCACAAGGACUGCCAACACCGAUAGGAGCGGGCCGACGCAAUACUUCCUCAUCCAACGACUACGACAGCUCCAGUACCACCAGUGGCGGCACCAGCCCAAGAAGCUCCGACUGUGGUCUUGAUGCUGCCCAGGCAGCUGCGGCAGGAGGACGACGACCCAGUAAGGCUUCUGUAGCGCCAUCAACUACCUCGGCAUGCUACUGCGGUCGCGGAUAUGUCCGCGCUUACGAGAGAUGCUCGGGAUGUCUCCAAGAGGCGGGAUACAGGGUGUAAGAAUAUACCGAUAGACUUCGCUUCCCUAGAGGGGACCUACACAAAGCAACAACGACACCAAAACCUUACGACGACCGCAUCGAACUAAAAGACUUGAAGAGCUCGAGCUCAGCGAUACCACGAUUCCUAUGAAACUGCAUCCUUUACGGCCUGGCUACAAGCCUAUCCUUAUCCAGUACUGCGGCGAUGUCUUAUCGGGCCCGGACGUCUUGUUCCUACCCCAUCGAAACGAGCUGGGCUAUGUAACGACUCCCAUACCCAC